GACGUCAAUUCCAAUGGCGCCAUUUUUGUUGUCGGCGAUUCAGGCAGCGUUUUGAAUAUUUUAAUUUUUUCGCUACAUUUCUUGCGGUAAUCUCAACCGAAAAGCUGUUUCGAUGCUCAUUCAAACGAUGGAGAAUAAUGAGGAAAUCCUUCAAGCGUUGCAUGAAUUCGAGAACAUGACGAAUGCAGACAAAGUCCUUACACAAGAACUAGAGGAUAUGCUUUCCUACAUUGCAAAGACUGGCAGGGUCUUGUUUCCUUGGGAUUCAUUAAAACCUGUGUUUCUGUUCAAACUUGACAAGGUCAUGAGGGAAUUUUUUGAGAGUAGCCCAUCCAGGAAUGCAUCGUCCUCUGAGCCAACCGUUACAGCAGAUUUUGAGGUCAUGAGGCAAAGACUGUUGGACUGUCUGGAUUCAUUCACAAGUGCACCAUUCACCAUUCAAAGACUUUGUGAGCUGAUGAUGGAACCACGAAAAAAUUACAGCAACAGUGAAAAGUUUAUGAGAGGAGUUGAAAAGAAUGUUCUUGUGGUUAGUACUGUUGAGCUUGGCAGGGAUGACAUUACUACCUUUAACCUAACAAACAACAUUGAUGGACAACACAUGUUGUCAAAUGUGCCAAAUGGCCCAGUUACAAAUGGAGUCAUGACUUUAGCAGUGACUUCCGAAGGGGACUCACUCACUGACCAUGGCUUUGACAAACGCCUGUCACCUCAUGUCACGCCAGAUAGUGUGACAUCUAGUGUCACGCCAGACACAAAUGGACCAACACCUUUAAACGCUUAUGAAAAUGGCCACGAAACCCAAGAACAUUACAACGGUAGCAGUUCAACUGCGACGGGAGCUGCUGCUGAAGAAAAAUCCAUGGCACCAGAAGAAGCCCCUCCACCAAUACAAGAACUAAGUGAAGAAAAAACUGUUACAAAUAAGGAAAAUGAAACUACUCAAGGAGAGGAAGCACCUGAAAGUGAAAGUGCGGAUGGUGUGCCUGUGGAUAAGGAGGCAGAGGCUGGCAUCCCUGCAGAAGAAAAACAAGCCACAGACUCAAGUCGAGAAGAAGCGAAACAACCGCCAGAUUCUGACGAAGCUGCAGAAUCUGCUCAGCAGGAGACGACAGAGGAAUCUAAGAGCCACGAAACAAGUGAAACAAGCAAAGAGCAAGCAGAAGAACCUAUGGAUGAAAACUAACGCUAUCCUGUUGUAAUAUUCCAGUUUCUCCAUAAACCGUUGGCUCGGCAAGUCGCUACGCUAUUUUCAUUGGUUUCCAUCCGUUCCGAAUACAAGAACACACAAGAAGAGAUUGCCACUUUUUUUUCAAUUUUUCAAAUCAAAGUGUUCAGAAAGUACAUCGAAAGUGGAGCACUUGAGAAUGUUCGGUUAUUUAUACUGUAUUUGUUUGUUUUUCAUUUCUUUUACAUUUUCAUUCGUUGUU